CACUUGUUGCAGAAGUAUUCUAGAUCAACCUGCAUUGUUUCAUCAAUUGUGCAAUGUCCAUACUCUAGUUGCCUGACUCUUCUAUUAUCUCUCAAUAUAUAGGGAGUUUUGUAGAUAGCUCUCCUUCUAUCUUCUCUCUGCUCAGUUUACACUGUUCUUUCUCAUCACAGAAGGCGCCCGUUACCUACUACUUGUACUGCUGGUUAUCUACACUGCUGAACUGCUUCAUGAUAUCCCAAUUUCUUAGCUAUGUCUGCACUCAUCAAUCUUGUCAAGUCUCGCCUCAAUCCGCCCGCAGAACCGACAUCAGUCUCGUUUGCGGGUAAGACCAUCCUCUUGACGGGUGCGACGUCAGGGCUGGGUUUCGAAGCAGCGAUCAAGUUUCUCAACCUGGGUGUCUCCACCUUGAUCAUAGGUGGUCGGAAUAUUGACCGAUGCAAUCAAGCCAAGGCUGAGCUGGAGAAACGGACAAAUCGUCCUGGCGCAGUACAAGCAUGGCUCCUCGACAUGAACAGCUUCCAAAGUGUCGUCGAGUUUGCCGAACGAGCGCGUAAGGAGCUCCCUCGAUUAGAUAUCGCAGUACUUAAUGCUGGCCUAUUUCAUCGUGCUUACAAUGUCUCGAGCGAUGGAUGGGAGGAGACUCUGCAAGUCAACGCCUUAUCGACUGCGCUGCUAGCGCUGCUGCUUCUUCCGAAACUGCGAGAGAGCACUUCCGAUUCGGAACCUGCACAUUUGACGAUCACGUCUAGUUACCAGUUCACGCGUGUCAAGGCUGAGAGUCUAAGGACCGAUGGGAGACUCCUCGAGCAUCUCAACGACCCAAAGAGAUUCAGCGGUGGCAAGCAAUAUGGAAUCUCAAAGCUUCUCCUAGAAUAUGCCAUCAAGAACAUUGCGCGACUGACGAGGAACGACGAUGGUACUCUCCAGGUUAUUGUGAACUCUGUCAGCCCAGGAUUCUGCGGGUCCAGCCUGGGUCGGCAGUUCAACAGGUUCUACGAGAGAUGGGCAACAUGGCUGCUCUACAAGCUCUUUGCUCGCACUCCAGAGGAAGGCAGUCGGUCGCUCGUGAGCGCUACCUACCAAGGUGUGGAAUCUCAUGGGAAAUGCUGGAGGAGUGAUGGAUAUCUUGACGAAUCUAGGACGCUCACGACCGGUACAGAGGGAGAAAUGUUGAAGGAAAAGGCUUGGAAGGAGAUUAUCGAAGUUCUCAAGCCCCAGGCUGCCGAGGUAGAACAGAUCGCAGGGAGCAUCUCAGGCUAGCAAGCUCCAGGACUGAGGAGGUAUUACCAGAUUCUCUAUCUAUGCUUGUCAUCAAUUCCCGUGAAAUGGAGGCAUGUCGGAUACUGCCAGCAGGUCAUGAUGA